AUGUCUACCACAACCGUAGAGACUGUACUCGAGCAGCCGCGUGAUCGUCAGUAUCGCGGAGACGGCAAUCAAGCUGGAGUGGGAAGCACUUUCGGAGCCACGAUCGGCCAGACCGCAGGUCACUCGUCCGUACCAGAACCGAGAGCCUCGCUCGAAACUCUAGACCCAGCGACGGGAACACAGACGCCAGAGGCCUUGCUUUCUCGUGAUCAUUCGCGACUUCAGCCACUUGAGCAGGAUGUUGCGGAUGCAGGGACGGGGUUAGAACUAUCUAACCCCGCCCGCGAGUCAUACGAACUACAACCAACCGUCAGCCUGCGAGGACGUCCCAGCACCACAGAUCGGCAACCAUCUCAAGGACCGCUCCCUUCACUGUCCGAGCAGGAAGCAGCUUUGCCACGAAAGUCUGAUCCCCAAGGCAUCCCACCAGAACUCGGCAACUUUGCCUCCGAAGUCAUCUUCGUCCUCGUCUGCUCGGCAGGCCAGCUGCUGUUUGGCUGGUUCUUGGGCGAUGUCAACGUCAACCAGCAGCAGCUCAGAAAUGCCCUCGGCAUCGAGAACACGCAACUACCAUGGCUGGUCGGAGCAUUCAACAUCGCCAACGGGCUGUCGGUCAUGCUGUCCGGCAGUCUCACAGACCUUGUUCCACCAAAAUUCUUAAUCGUUGGCGCCUUUAUCUUUCUUACAAUCUGGAACACCGUCGGAGCGUUCUCGCUCACUCCUCAGCGUGCUAUUCUCUUCUUCGUCGUGCGAGCCAUGCAAGGAUUAGCCGUCGGCACCUUGGUCUCUGGCUCCAUGAGCAUCCUCGGCCGCGUCUACAACCCAGGCAUCCGCAAGACCAGAGUCUUCAGCGCCAUGGCUGCUAUGGCACCUUCUGGCUUCUGGAUCGGCUCUAUCCAAGGCGGCGCUCUGACUGCCCAUCUACCCUGGGUCUUCGGCUCGAACGCCAUGCUCUGCGGUCUCUGCGCCAUCGCUGCAUUCUUCACCAUCCCAGCGCUCAAACCCGCCGCUGACAUCCCGGGCACCGAAGCCCCCUCCCUCCGCCAGUUCGACUACAUUGGCGCCCUUCUCGCCGUCUCAGGCUCCGUCUGCCUCCUCUUCGGCCUCACCCAAGGCUCAGUAACCCAAUGGUCACCCUACACCUACGCCCUCGUCGUAGCCGGCAUCCUCCUCCUCGCCGCCUUCUUCUAUGCCGAAUCCCGCGUCCCGCGCCCACUAAUCCCCACCCGUCUUUGGAAAACCCCCGGCUUCGCGCCCCUGAUGCUCGCCUACUUCCUCGGCUUCGGCGCCUACAUCUCCUGGCAAUUCUACGCCAUCCAAUUCUGGCUCCGCAUCCAACACGCCAGCCCCUUAACCGUAGCACUCUAUCUCCUCCCGAACCUCAUCGCAGGUAUCAUCGCUACCUACAUCGUCAGCAGAAUCAUGCAUUUGGUACCAGGCCACUGGAUCUACGUCUGCGCGAUGCUCGCCUUCGCCACUGGUCCGGCGUUCUUCCUGCCCCAAACAGCGGGGACAUCGUACUGGGCCCUCAGCAUGCCGGGCAUUGCACUCUGCACCUUCGGUCCGGAUUUGUCGUUCGCGGCGGCGAGUAUCUUCAUCACCUCGAACGUGGCGAGGAGUUAUCAGGGCAGUGCGGGGAGUUUGUUGAUGACGGUGCAGAAUCUGUCGGCGGCGAUCGUGACGAGUGUGGCAGAUGCGAUUGGGGCGCAGGUGGCGCUGACGGAGGAGGGGGAGGUGGGGUUGGAAGGUUUGAGAGCGAUUUGGUGGUUUGGGUUGGCCGCGGCGGUGGUAGGGGCGGGGGUGACGGUGGUGGGGGUGAGGAUUCCGAGGGAGGAGGAGAAGGAACAUGUGACGUGA